UUCAAUCAUCUCCAUCACCAUUUAUUCGUAGAAUCACUGAGUGCACAGAAUCACCGUACUACCACUCGUUUAACAGAAGAUUCCGAGUUUCAAUCUCCUUAGGACCACCUGAAAGAAAGAGAAGACCCGACUUUUGUGGCGAAAUCAUCGGGCCACUGCUACGGUUUGUUUGAACCGAGAAACUUCUGUUUCACCACAGUGGUUGUGUUGUGUGGCAGUUUGUAAAUUUAUUGAGUAAUUAUCCAGAGACGAGAAAAUUUGAUUGAUCUGAAGGUGGGACCCAGUCAUGACUGCCGGUGGUGGUAAUCAGUUGAUCUCUGUACAUCCAGACGAGCUCAAGUUCAUUUUUGAACUAGAAAAACAAAGCUUUUGCGAUCUUAAAGUUAUGAACAAUACAAAACAUCAUGUUGCUUUCAAGGUCAAAACCACUUCACCUAAGAAGUACUUUGUAAGACCCAACACUGGUGUGAUACAGCCUUGGGAUUCAUGUGUUAUCAGAGUUACCCUCCAAGCACAAGGUGAAGCUCCUCCAGAUAUGCAAUGCAAAGACAAAUUUCUCUUGCAGAGCGCAAUAGUGCUUCCAAAUACUGAUGUUGAUGAGCUUCCUCCUGAUACUUUUAAUAAGGACAGUGGAAAGACAAUAGAGGAGUGCAAGCUCAGAGUUGUGUAUACUCCUCCUACUGCAGCUCAAGGAAACUUAGAAGAUGAAGGCUUAGGGAGCUCCACACGGAGUCCUGAUGCAAACUCUACUUUACAGUGCCUGAAGGAAGAAAGAGAUGCUGCUUUUCGGCAAACACAGCUACUACAACAGGAUCUGGACAUGCUGAAGAGACGACGAAAAAAUGAUCCUGGUUUCUCUUUAAUGUUUGCUGGUUUUGUUGGAGUAAUUGGAAUCAUGGUGGGGUUCCUCUUGAACCUUUUAUUGUCUUCACCCCCCACGACAGAAUGAGUUGACGCAAGUAAUGAAUGCAGGAGCAAAUGUUAAUCUAUUUGAUUGUAUAAUUUUGGUUGUUCUGUUGGGUGGAAAGUUGGCCUACUUCCUUCUUUUUGUAUAUUGGAUCUUUGUCAAAUUGUGCCUUCAUCAGUUUGUUUUCCCAAUAUGUUUUAUUCAAUUUAUAUGUUACUCUUA